AUGUCGGAACCACCGCUUCCAAGUGCUCGACGGCAACUUUUAUUUGUUAAAUAUGGUCCUAUAUUAAUUACACCAUUCUUUUUCGGAUUUUCAACGCAUGUUCUUGCACCGAAUUCUUUUUCUCGUAUUCUUGGCCCACAACUGAAUGUACCCGUGGCUAACUCACUUUGGGUGGGAUCUCAUCUUGGCGUUGGUAUAUAUUUAUACAGCUCAAAACACUUACGAAAUGCUGAUAUAUUUGAUCGUAUAUUAUAUAGUAUUUAUGGCUCAGCAAUAUUCAAUUUGGGAACUGUUUUAGUGAUGUCAAUCGUACGGUCGAUUUUUCCUGACAAUGAAAUGAUUCGUUUAGGAGUUGGUUUUUCGUCUAGUGCUGCUCUAUUAUUCAUCGGUAGACGAUAUAUGUUAUAUGUCGAUCAGAUUUUCGAUGCAAUUCGAUUCCGAUCAAUAACACGUUCAUAA